UCCUGUAUUGUCGGUUCACUUUAGGUUAGAUUUUUCCGGUUUUCCUUUCACGGUGUGAUCAAUAUCUCUCUGAAUUCUGCAUCACUGCCUUUUGUACCUUACAGUGCUGGCUAAUUUCUGUGUAUUUGUACCUGUAUCUCAGUAUUAUACCGGUAGUGACAGGUGUUUAUAGAUUAUAAACAACAGCUGUAUGUCUAUACUCUGUGGAGAAAAUUCACCACGUGAUUGUUUUUAAAAUAUGGAGCAUUUUGUAUGGAGACUCAAUGAUGCUGACUGUUCGAAGAAUUUAGCUGUUUGAAUCUUUUAAUUGAGCUGUGUUUUAUGGAACUAUAAUGACUUGGGAAGGACUUGACAUUUUUGUCUGUGUGUCUGUACAAACAUCCAGACUUUCUGCGAGGGGAACUUUUUAUUAUAGCUUUUGAUUAAUGGUAAUCUGAGAUUUCAGAGGGCAGACCUGCUUUUUGUCAUUCUUUGUGUGUUUCUCACAAAAGAGGAGGAAUCAAAAUGAAUAGAAGGAGACACUAUAAUAAAAAGCCCCGCUCCAGAUGGAUCCACCACAUUUUUGGUAAGAAGAAGAUGAGUUCUGAGGAUGUGGAGUCACGGGAAUCCCUAUUGGAGCCGAACGGACAGGCCAAAGUGGUGGUGGAACGGCCCGUCUUCUCCCAGCAGAAAUUUGAUGAGGGAUUUAGCCCGGGGUCGCGACCCCAAACCACAUUUAAGGAAAGUCUCCUUAAGUCCUGCAAAAAGUGCCAAUGUUCCAAAGACUGCUUCCUGAGUUUUCUGUAUAGGAUUUUCCCAUUUAUUGGAAUCAUGAAGGACUAUAAUAUUCGUACGGAUCUGACGGGGGAUAUCGUGUCUGGACUCACCGUGGGGAUCAUGCAUAUCCCCCAGGGUAUGGCUUACGGAAUGUUAACCACUCUUGAUCCAGUGUAUGGCCUCUACACUUCAUUUUUUCCUGUGAUUAUUUAUUUCUUUUUUGGAACCUCCAGGCACAUUUCUAUAGGUACCUUUGCUGUAGCAUGUUUGAUGAUGGGCUCUGCCAUUGAGAAAGGAUUAAAGUCUCCAAAUGUACAUAUUAUUACGACAUGUGUCAAUGAAUCCAUCACCAUGGUAACCACAAAUCUGACCAAUCAGAGUCUUCCCCUGUACACACUAUCAUGUAGUGACAACACAGAGUCUGUCAAACUGGAGAUAGCGAUGGCCGUCACUUUUGUUGUUGGUCUUAUACAGCUUUUGAUGGGUGUGACCCGCCUUGGUUUUGUGACGACCUACCUCUCUGACCCCCUGAUUAGUGGAUUCACCACAGGGGCAGCUUGUCACGUGUUUACCAGUCAAAUCAAACACGUGUUUGGAAUCACAACUGACCGCUACAGUGGGGCUUUUAAACUUAUUUAUACAUACAUUGAUUUCUUUGGAAAAUUGGCACACACCAAUGCAGUAACCCUAAUAGCCUCAGUACUGUGUAUGGCAAUGAUCUACGUUGUGAAAGAGUAUAUCAACAAUAAUCCAAAGAUUAAACCCAGACUCAAAAUGCCAGUCCCUAUAGAACUCAUUGCUGUAGUACUAGGAACUGUGAUAUCCUACUUUGUAGAUAUUAACAACAAUUACGGAGUCAAAAUAGUCGGAGAUAUUCCCACAGGACUUCCUGUACCCACUGUGCCAAACUUUUCCCUGAUGCCUGAUGUGAUCUCUGAUGCCUUUGCUUUAGCUGUUGUUGUAUUUGCUAUCUCUGUAUCUAUGGGCAAAAUCCUAGCCAGGAGACAUGGAUAUGAAAUCGAGUCCAACCAGGAGUUGAUUGCCUAUGCUAUAACUAAUGUUGGCAGCUCUUUCUUCUCUUCAUUCGCAUCUUCUGCUUCCCUGUCAAGGAGUCUCAUUCAGGAGCAUGUAGGAGGAGUCACUCAGUUGACUGGGCUGGUAUCUAGUGCUCUGCUCCUCCUUGUACUUCUUGUAUUAGGGCCAUACUUUAAAACUUUACCCAAGUGUGUUCUGGCAGCAAUCAUUAUUGUAGCUCUAAAGGGGAUGUUCCGUCAGUUCCUGGAACUUCCUAAACUCUGGAAAUUGUCCAAAAUUGAUUUUUUGAUCUGGAUCCUGUCUUUCCUGGCCACUGUGAUAUUAGAUGUGGAUCUAGGACUGUUAUUUGGAGUUAUUGUAGCUAUAUUCACUGUUGUAUAUAGGGUACAGAGACCUUAUGUAUGUGUGAUGGGGCAGAUACCAGGGACUGACAUCUACAGAGAUAUUUCUGUUUACAAAGAGGCACAAGAAAUUCCUCGUGUAAAGAUUUUCCGGUUUGAAAAUGCCUUAUUUUUUGUGAGUGUGGAACAUUUUAAAAACAGUCUUUUUAAGUUCACCUGUAACCCACGGCAUGUGAAACAGGACAUGGAAACAGCUAGGCAUCGCAUACAGAAAGAGAAAGACAAGUUUGACAAAAUAACAUUCAAGAAUUCCACUGAUGAGGUUGAGCUGGCGGUGAAUGGGAACGAGACCCAGAUUUCAGAAUUCCAGUCCUCCAUUGUAGAACCACAGGUCGACUUUGACACAAUCAUCUUUGAUUGUUCUACAUGGAGUUUUAUUGAUGCCAUGGGCGUGAAAGCCCUCACAUCAGUUGUCAAUGACUUUCGUGAAAUUGACAUUAAAAUUCACUUGGCGUUUUGCAAAGCUGGAAUUCGAGAAAUGCUUGAGAAGACGGGUUUCUUUAGUUGCUUAGACCGACACAACUUGUUUGUAACAGUACAUGAUGCUGUUCUACACGCUCUACACCAGAAAGCUAAUGGAGAUGUUGACUCGGACUCACCACAAGAUGGCGCUCCAGACUCGGUAGCUGUGCAGUCCACUAGCAGUGGGAGUGAGACCGAUGAUAAAUCGUGAGGUUUACAAUGUUUCUAUGCAACGGACACAAACUCUUGUCAAGAGAUCAACCCUUUUCAAUCUCAGGCAUUAUCAAACUAACAGCAUUCCAUCCUUUGUGUGUACGUCACAUGCACAAACUGAAUCAGCUGGUCUAGGAUGAUUAUAGGAGUGUUUCAAACCGUUAACGUUAGUAUAUUCAGCGAUUCAGGAUGUAAAGCUAAAAAUUUAUAUGAUGCUGGGAUCUCGCCAUUUUAUGUUCAACAUGUGUAAUGUGUGCUAUUGUGAUAUCCAACUGUGUGUCAAAAUCGGUUUUUCAUUAAUGAUUUGAUGUUGGGUUUUAGAAAUGGUUUCAUUUUUUUUUCAGUUCAAUUUCUUUAAUGUUAGCACUUUUCAUUUCCUUUUGUAUAGCAGUUAGACUACAAGUAUGUGCGGUGAACUGAGAAUGAAGUCAUUUCACUCAGAUUUGUGAACUGAUACUUCUCACUGGGUAAAGUUCCGUAUAGCGCAUCACAGGUUAU